AUGGAGCCUGCGCCAGCGUCCUUUUACGGACCCCUGGAUAAAAACAAUCCCGUCUUAUCAUCUUUUCAAAGUGAAAUAAAAGAGUUUAAGGCUUAUAUAAAGAAACUUUUAGGGUCGCCAAACGUCGACUACCGAUCCUACUCUAGAGGGUCUAUAAGGCUGUUUGAAACAUGGAACAAAUAUAAAUCCCGCCUUCCUCCAUCUUAUUUUGAGGAGCAUCUGUUGAAAAUAGCAGAUUUCCUCUUUGACAGUAAGCUUUACAGACUUGCUCUCUGGCAAGGUUACAGACUCUACCUCCAUCAGUUUUCUACUUUAAGUUUGGAGAGCAUUAAAGAUGUGGAAGAUUUUAAGCAGACCUUCUUUUCGGAUGGUUUUGAUACAAAGAGGGCACCACUUACUUUUCAAGCUGUGCAGGGAGAAUGUCAAUGCAUCUUCUAUUUGGAGAGAGAGAGAUGUGAACUUCCAGACCGGAGUGGCAUUCAGAAGAUGCUGAGCAUUUUGGGAAUUCUGCGCAUUUUGAUGCAGGCUGUACUGCCCCAUGAAAGCUUAAGCUGGAUAUUAUACAAUGGAUCAUUGCGCAUGUACGACAUAUGCCGAUUCCUGAUGUCUAUGGGUCUUGCAUCAGAGGUUUUAGAGUACUUACUAUGGGCUUGUACAUGUCUGGAGACGUCUGUUCCUUUGCUGACUGCUGACUUUCUUCCAUGGAGGGCCACACUUUAUUGUGCAGUGUGUGAAUGUUAUUUUCAUGAUCAGGCUGGAGUUCAAGCGGAGGUGUUUGCGCAAAGAGCUCUUGGUAAGUUAAGCGAAUUGGCCAAGCUGGAGGAGGAGACUGGCUGCACGGUGUCGUCUGAGACCCAACAAGCUUAUAGAAAUGCCACUAUAAAACUUGCAGUGAUGGUGUUUAAGCAUGUGGUGUACGAGCACCGCAGAAAACCGAAAGGACUCUUCAGACCCAAACAGAAGAUCAAUUUGAAAGAGCAGCAGCAAGCUCCAUGGCCGCGUUCACCCACUGGGCGUAUUCUGAUAGAGAUGUUUAAGAGUCCUGCCGCUCAGUUUCUGGCUGUGCUGGAAGCCCUACAGGACACCUCUGUCAGGCCUCUUCAGACUGGCAUGCCUGAAGAAUUUGAGGUUCAGGAGGUGGUGAUGGAGCUGAUAUCAGCUGGCAUUAGUUUACUGUCUGGCUUUGGUUCCGAACAGAAUUUGGAUGCGAGUUUACCUCCCUCUGUGAAUGCAGUUGCCUCUGUUUCCACUCUCUGUGAGAUGGCUGUAGCUGGAAGUUGUAAGAUCUCAGUAGACGCUGCAGUAAAGUUUCUGAAGCAGCUUUUCAGAUUCGAACAGUGGAGCGCGUUUUGCUCACUCUCCUCUGCCCUUAUGUCAACACUACAGAACUUGGAGGGUCGCCUGUUCAGGAAAUACGAGCUGGAAUUGAUGCUUUUGAAAGCUGUGGAAUCUUUGAUCUCUACACAAAAAGUGAAAUUCAUAAUAAAAGACACUGCUGCCUGUGACAAGAAUAUCGGGUCUGCAAACAUGACAGAAGAAUUCUUCAGUCUUAUUCAGACUCUUCACGCUUGCUGCUGCAGGGCAGACAAGGAUAUCCGACCAGAUGCUGAUUUGGUGCUGGACCUUAUCCUGUUCUUUUGGGCUAAAUGCAAGACAGUGUUUCAGAGAGCACAGAUGAGGCAUGGUUACUCUGUGCGCUACCUGGGAAAGAUGGAAAACCAUGAACAGUGGGUGGAGACCCUUCAUCUACUGUGUGAAGUGGUACACGAGCACCAGCUGGCUGAAAUCGACUGCAUAUCAGUGGCUGAAAUGACUCUGAGAUUGGCUAUGGUGCUGGAAAGCGGUGCAGAUGCCCUGCCGCAGUCAGGCAGGAAAACAGUUUCCACCGUAGGCAGCAGUGAAAAAUCCACCCCUGUUGAAAAUUCGGCAUGCACACUUUAUAUGAGGUCCAGAGCAGAGCAGCUCCAGACAGCACUGGAUUUGGUGGAGCGAGGCGUGGAGUGCGUGUCCAUGUGCAGAGCCAGGUCACUCAGUGGGCACAAUGCUGUCUUUGAUGAAGUGUUUAUGCAGAAAUUUGGUGGCACCAAAAGUUCCAUGUGUGGAAACAGUACACCUGACCUUGCUAUCCUUACGGAUUUACAUCUAGAGCUGCUGGCUUUCCAACACAGGCUCUCCCUUAAGCUACAUGACUCAUGUCCAGAGGAGAUCAGUUUGAUGCAAAGGAAGACCUCAGAAGGAAACAGACCCACCCAAAAAUUUGUGAUGCUUGAAAAAGUCAAGAGGAACAAAAUCUCUAAAAGCAUUUUGUUGGCGCAGAAGGCCUUACUGAAUUUUAGGAAGGACCAGACUAACAAAGACACCAAGAAAAUACUCGAGGAGGCAAUAACACUGAUUGAACAAGCAGAGAUGGAGGAGAAGAGGCUGGUUAGUUCUUCAUCAUCUCCUGCGGAGAUCAGUUUAGGAGGGGCAGAGAAGAAACGACCUCCACCAGCUCCAAUACUCCUCUCACGCUCCAACAACUCAAUGACCUUCACACCAGCACCAUACGCACUUGAGGAGGAGGUUUGCUGGUAUUGUAUUUAUGGUAAAGAGGUUGAGGGGGUCAACUUGAAGGUGCGACUUAAAGACUGCCACCUGCGUGGGACUGGAGAUGUGAUUCCUGCCAGAGGUGAAUGUCUGCUUGACGUAAGUGGGUUGGAGCCAAAUCAGAAGUAUAUAUUUGCAGUGGCUGCUUUUAAUGCUCAGGGCAGGAUGGUGGGUGGUGCGAUUGGAGAAACCACCAGGCCUCUGCUGGCCUCUCUACCUCUACCAUUGCUAACAGCUUGGGCACACCUAGCUCAGGUGACUUAUCAAACAGGAUUUUUCACCCUUGCCAAGCGAGCUUGUAAAGAACUUUGGAGUCACUUUACCCAUCCUUCAUGCUCAGAUCCUGAAAGCCCUAAACCCGAACAAGAAGAUUGCUUUGAGGGACUCGCUCGGACAAGGCUCGGCCCAGCUACCCUACAGCUUUCAUCUCCACUCCUGCAUCAGCUUUUUCUUUCCACCAUUUUAAUCCAGACAGACAUUCACAUCCAAGAGGGGGCGCUAUACUGUGACAACCUCUGUGAUGGAGGGCCUUUGAUUUGGGGCCAGGAGGCCAGACUUGCAGAGUGUGAGCGGAUGCUGGUGGCCGUAGAUCUUGCUCUGCACAUCAAUGACAGAAGUAGCACGCUGCAAGCUGUAGUGAGCUGUUACGGCCUUCUCACCCCAAUAAUCUACUAUCAGAUCCCUUCAGAACCUGUCAUAGAGGUGUUGCUCAAGUGCUUCACUGUUCUCCUGGAGAUCCCUGGUUUGCUAAAGCAAAAACGUCCAGCUGCUGUCACAGAGUCCCUCCAGCACAUGGUUGCUUGUAUGACGUACUAUUUAGCCAAGAGCCUGAACUUUACUCAGGAAACUCGCAUGGCUUCAUCCGUGAUAGAGCUUGGAAGGAAGCUGCUUCAGGAGAUCUCUGAGCCUUCACAGCAACUCCCCAAAAAAGGAGUGCAGCAGGACAGGAAGAUGGAAGCUCUCACCAAUGAUGAGAAGCCAAGUGAACAUCUAAAGGCUUUGGAUGCCAUUUUUAUGAAAAGCAUGCAUUCUGGUGACUAUGAUGUCACUUUUUGUAACAAAACAGUAUCUCAAGAGCAUGAUCUCACUGGACAGGAAGACCCAUUUGUGCUAUACACGGUGAUCAAAAACAAGCCCCUCCAGAAGGCCUUCCAAGAGGUGAUGAAAUUCAAACAGACGUCUUGUUUCCUGGAGUUUUUGAUAUGCUUGCUCCAGAAGGCCCUGCAAGAAGAUCAGCUAGAUUUGGUUCUGCAGUGGGAGCCAAACAUCUUGGAUUGCCUCUGCAGACGUGAUGUGGCUCUGUUAGCUAUAAAGAAGCGUCCAAGUCAACCAGUGGAAGAAUCUGUAGGGUUCACAACGUCUGUGAUUGAGUACAACACCAAGAAGCAGGUUAACACCAGUUACGGUGGCAAAAAUUCACGACGGAAGAAACUACUGAGUGCAUUCAAGAGCAACAACUCUAAAAGAGAAAUCAAAGCUUUGGACAUCCUGGUAAAUAAACUGACUGCUUUAAUAAGAAGACACGGGAAUGGCUGGAAGCUCAGGAAGAUCCGCUCCGAAGAGUCACUUUCGCGAUGUCACGUCAACCUAAGCCUGGCUCGUGCCCACCUAGGUCUGCUAAGGAGGAACCUGGGACCACCUCCCCAUCACUGUUUCAGUCAUAUGCCCCUGUCCUUUUUCUCUUUGGCUCACUGUGGAACGCUAGUCAUGUGGAAGAACGUUCCACAGCGUAUCCGUGCACCUGAACUUCCAGAUCCUGAAGCUGUGUCCCAUCCUGGAUGGCAUAUCAGUCAAAGGCAUGUAAAGGACAUCGAAACUAACCAUGGAGAAUCAAACAGCAAUGAAGAGGACAGUGAAACGGAUGACGAAGUGGACUCAAAGGUCCAGUACACACACAUCUCUGAAAGGAAUGGGCAGUUUUCGGUCGAUGGUCCCCCUGCAGAUCAAACAGCCUCUCAGUUACUGGACACACUCAACAAAGCCUCAAUACAUAUGCGCAGAGCCAUGGUGUUGGCACAUCGCUGGGGCCAUUGGACAACUUUACAUUGGGCAUGUCGGACUCUUUGGGACCAGUCCAGCACGCUAAUCCUAAUGUUGGAUCCUGAUGCCCUUAGUGAACAGCUGACGUUGGAGCAGAUGUACACUGUGAUCACUCCUCUUCUGAUGUUGGCCUCAGAUCUUCUCAUGGACAUGAUGGAGAAACUGAAGCUGUGGGAUGUUUAUGAUACAGAGGAGGAGGAGCUUGAAACAAGCCUGUACUUUUCUGCCCAAAUGGAUGAUGGGACAGUGGUUGAUCUGCGCUGGUUGAGAACCCUGGUGCUCCAUACACUAGAGCUUCUGUACUACCAGGCCAAGUGGGAGAAUCUUGCUCACCUUGCUCUGCUUUUUAACACAUACACAAGGGAGCGCUAUUCACACGUGGUAACGCCUAUUCUGGUGCACGCACAGAGAAGGCUGUUGGACAGGAUCAGGUGUUUUGGGGGCCCACCAGCCCCCCAGCCUCACUUCACCCAUACUGAGAUGAUCACUGGAGAGAAGGUGACCUGCAGGACUUAUGCAGGAAAACAGUUGCUGUUUCCCUGUGGCAAAGGUCCGCUGACCAAAAAUGAUUCCCACUCAGAGCUUUCAGAUGUGAAGAGAGCCAUGUGUCUGGUGUGUGUACCGCUGGAUGUAGACGACACACUUCAUUGUUUCAGAGAGACUAUGGAGAGACGACGCUAUGCACUUUUGACAUUUCAGCACAGCCGAAAUCUACUUUACCUACUGCUUGCCGACACCCAGCACUCGUAUGUUAAGGUGCCAUUCUCCAAGAAACCCAGUGGUGUUCUUCAAGGAAAGGUGGAGUUCAGCUUGGCAGCAACCACCCCACCGGGCAUCAGCCCUUUAGAUCUGUCUGCCGAGGACUACCGCACUCUAGGCUCCAUCUACAGCACCACCUUGCCUCCAUCACAGAUCCAGACUGUCCUAUCUGCUUACAACAAUGCCAUCAAAUACCUUCAAGCAAAUAAGUACAACUCCCUGCAGGUUCAAGCACUUCAUGAUCUUGGAAACCUUCAUUUCUACAAAGGAAAUCGAAAGUCUGCACAUUCUUUUUGGAGUAAGGCCUUGGACUGUGCUCUCCAGAGCUCUGGAGUUCUGGAAUCUUGGGAUGGUGACUCAUGGAGCAGCAGCACCUCUCAGGAAACCCUGCGGCAUGCUGGGAUAUGGGGCUGUCUCCAGGGUGCAUUGCUUUCUGCCAAGAUUGCACAGCACAUCCUAACCUCCAAAAUCAACCAGCGUACAAAAUGCUGCCUCCUGUCCACCAAACUCUUCAAGUGCCUACUGAUGGCCUCUAUGCCCCAUCCGAUGAUGGACCUGGCAUACUCUACAUACUCAGUGGAGACAGAAUUGAUCCCAGGUGUCGAUCUCUUCUCUGAGCCAGAUCGGGGGAAUCUCGGCACUACCGUUGCCAGUUUGUCUUUUCUCUGCCAUUGGCUGUAUAACUCGGGGCACUUUCUCAAGGCUCUUCCUGUGCUGGCUCUCUACGUGUAUAUUGCCAAAACUGUGUGCCGGGAUCCACACCUCACUGUCUCAUGCCGAAUACUAAAGGUAAAGGUCCUUACAGAGUUGAGGAUUUUCAGUCAGGCGGUAGAAGAGCUCAACAGUCUCACAUUUGGUAAAGAAAUUCCCUUGCCUCAUGGCGGCAACCACAGAACAGAGGAAUCAUCUUGGGCAACAAAUCGAUUUAUCGAUAUGAAGCCUCUGUUGGAUCCUUCAAAUCUUCAGGUUCUGGAGGAUGUGAUUAACAGGAGCCCAAGUGAAGACAUUAAGGCUCUUUAUGGCUCAAAACUGACCAGACGGCUCCUGAUGGCCAGAGUUCAUCUGAUAUUGACUAUAUGUAGCACUAUACACAACCUGCCUGAACCAUUAACAACAGGUAUUUCCUUCUUACUAGUAAGAUAAUUAGAAAUGACCAAUUGAAUAACGCAUAUGUUAAAACCCUCAGAGGUAUCAGAGAGCUCGGACACCUUCAGCGGUGAUGAGUCGAACUGUAGCAAGCCCAAGGGUCUCCAGCUUAAUUCCAGAAGGGUCACACUAACAUUAGGAGAACUUAAGGCCAUACUCCUAAAAGAAGCAAAUGUUCUGGUUAGUCCCGAGAUCUUUGCCUUGCAGCCGCUAAAUACUGAUCCAGAAGAACUGGAGCUAGCGGUGGAGAUCAGACUGUUGCGGUCCAAUAUCAACCUGCAGCAGGGCCGAAUGGUUACUAGUGCAGAUCUGGCAGUGUCUGCUAUCAGUCUUCUUCAGAGCUCUCCUGUGUUUCAAAGUGAUUUCCGCCCGAUACCACCUCCCAGACCUCCGUCCUCUACCCUCAGACGAUCCAGAUCCAAAGCACAUCAGAUCAGCUCUCCAGAGCCGAAGUCUAUUGUCAGUUUCCAAACUGGAGACGUUCCAUCAUGGGUGGAUGCUAGAGAACGCAUGGAUUGCCUCUUCUGGCUGCGCUGCAGGCUGGCGGUGGUCUGCUCUCUUGCAGGCCAUAUCCCUGGGACGUCCAUCUACUCUGAUGUAGACAGCAGUGCAGAGGCAUUCAAGGUGCUGAAAGAAGGUCUAGCGGAGGCAGAAGCCUGGGGAGAUCCAGACACUACAGCCCUGCUGCUCUUACAGGGCGUCCAAUUGAACACACAUCUUGGAAAAGCCAGAGAGGACAGUACCUUGAUGUUACAAGAGAUUGUCAGUUUGUUGUCAGGACGCAUCGCUUUAUCUCAGCGCUCCCAAAUGGCUCUGGCUGAAGCUGCAUUGCUACUUAGUGAGCUGAGAGGAACAGGAAGUCAGACUCUUCAUCUGAUUACACAAAAACUACUACAGCAACAGCUCUGUGCCCUUGGAGAGUCUGUAGAUCUCAAUAAAGGAGGCGAGGUGGAACUGCAGUCUGAAGGCCUAAAGAAUAUUUAUCUUCUGCAGCUCCCCAUGCUGGCAAAGACCACCAUGCGGAUGGGUCAUUCAUUGGCACUACAAGCCCUGCUGGGUUCCUCAGAGGAAGCUGGGGAGCCCUGGAGACCCUUGGUAUCUGCUCAUGAAGUUCUGCAGUCUGCACUAAACAUCUCACAGGCUUCUGCCAACAGAGACCUUCAGCUGGAGGGUGAUAUCCUCUACUGCACAGGACUGCUGGGUAGACAUCUCAUUUCUAUGCAAAAAUCGGAUCCCCAGAAGGUCUUGGAGGCCUUAUUACAGUGCGUCCACAGUCAUAAUCACAACCUAUUGCUAAUACAUAGGUGCUAUCUAGAAAUGGCAUUGGUAUACUUGCAACAGUGGGAGCAACCUGCACAUCUGACUCCUCCCACUUCUCCAACACCAGAUGAAGCCAGCAAGGAAACAGAUGGAGAGACACAUCUACUGGUCUUCUGGAUGUGUUUGAGAAUGGCUUUAAAGACAUCAGAAGCUAUUGACACUUGUUACCGAUUUCAUGGAUUCACAGAAGAUACUGAAAGCCACUUGUCGCCUUCCUCAAUUGAAGCCCUGCCUGAUUUUGCAAUGAAUGAUCUCCUGCACACCUGGGGGAGUCUGGAGAACCGUGGGACUCUUAUGAGCAAUACUGAAGAGUUCAUGGAUACCGGGCAUGAGCUGAACAGCAGGAAAUGCUCUCAGCUGACCUGGGUUCAUUUGUCUCGGUACUACACACACCUACUUAACCUUCUGCAGGUGUCCUCAAGGCCAGGUACAGCAAGGGAUCCAACAAAGACUCCUUUGAAGGGUGCUGAUGGGUUGCUGUCCGUGGCUGGUGAUUGUAAUCUUUCUCUGAGACUCUCACAGUUACACACCUUUUUCAGCCUUUACCUGCCAUCUUACAAAAAGCAGUGGGCUGUUCCCGACCCACCUGCUGCUGUAAUACUUGAACCUCAGCUUAUACAGGAAGGUGAACCUGUGCCAAAUCUAUACCCCUGGGCCAUCGCUGUUACUCAAGAACUUUGCAUCCAGUGGUACAGACCUACCUUACAGGACAGCAUGAUUUUGCUUGUCUUUGCCGUGAAUAAUGCUCCUCUGUCAGCUAUGAACCCUACUGCAGAGGCUGCGGCUGGACUGCAGGCAGGACAGAAAUUGGUCUGUUUGGACAGGCUAAAGGCUGUUCAUGCCUUACUGAGAUCAAUAUGCACAGAGGCGGAUGUUUCACCCAUCACAAGCUCCAUCUCCUCCAUCAGUUCACAAGAAGAGGAGCAGACCACAGCAGCCACCUCCAAACCUCCCAGACAGCAGGAGAUCCUCUGGGAAAAGACUACACUUGUCUGUACUGAGAUCAGGGACUUACUGAAGCCUGAUUUAAACUUAACACCCAUUACAGAGGUGCCCUUUGAUCCAAGCAUGCAGAUUCUUCGUGACCUGGAACGCUGCUUUAAUCCCUCAACAUGGAGCACACUGUGCGACAAGGGCUUCAUUACCUGGCUGCUCUCUCUUACGAGUUAAAAAACUCUCAACAUUUAAAGGGACACUCCACUUUUUUUGAAAAUAUGCCCAUUUGAUUUUUACCGUUUUGGAAUCCAUUCAGCUGAUCUCUGGGUCUGGCGGUACCACUUUUAGCAUAGCUUAGC